UGUCGACUCUGAUCGCUCAUCUUUACCAGCCGUUCCAACUCAAUCCUUGACCACUCGCUGCCAGCUUGUCCCGCUGAUCACAACUCAGGAAUCAACCCGCAGAUGUCUACAUCCAAGCGAGGUCUCUCCAGAGACGAGAAAAAGGCAAAGAUGCUUGAGCUUUUUCACGAGAAUAGCGAGUUCUUCACGCUAAAGGAACUGGAGAAGAUUGCACCCAAGCAGAAAGGCAUCGUUCAGCAGACUGUCAAGGAGAUUCUGGAGGAGCUCGUAUCUGACAACGAAGUGGUAGCUGAGAAAAUUGGGACAAGCAAUUAUUUCUGGUCCUUCCCCUCUGCAGCGGGAGCAACGAAACAAGCCGCCCUCGCCAAAGCUCAAAGAGAGCUUGAGGAAGUCACGAGCAAAAUUGCAGAAGUCAAUGCAGGGCUCAAGGCCGCAGAGAAAGAUCGAGAAGAUACACCAGAGCGUCGCAAGCUUCUUUCCACGCUCUCAGACCUACAAGCCGAGAACAAGACCCUCAAAGAUGAAUUAGCUGCGUUUGGAGCUGCUGAUCCGGCAAGACACGAGAGGAAGAUGCAAGCUGUGGAAGUGUGUAAAGAGGCCGCAUUGAGGUGGACAGACAACACCAUUGUCCUGCUUCAAUAUGCGGCUGGUCUUGGCGUUGAGCCGGACACUAUCCGUCAGGAGCUUGGAAUCACCGAAGAGUGGGAAGACCUCCAAAUUUGAAGCCAUUCCAAGCCUGGAGCGCAAUCAUCGGAUCCUCAAUCGAUAGUCUUUUCACCCUCAAGCAUCGCUUCCGUUUCCCCUCUUCGCAUAAUCCACGAUGCGAGUCUUGGUCAAGUAAAGUAAAUCCCACCGCCAUCACUCGCAACUCGGUCAUAGCUCGCUCUCUCGCAUCCGAUAUGUAUACCUCAAGAUCCGCAAGUCUCGUCAGUCACCUGUUACCCGGAGGCUCCGAUACCUUACUGAUUGAUAAACAAUGUUCAUCAAAAGACA